UUUCCGCAGUACUUCUACUGCUGGUAAGACAGUAGAAGCUACGUAUGCAGGUGUGCUUCUUCCCGCAGGAGGACGAUGGAGGACGCGUACCAGUACCCAGUUUUCUUUGAGUGCCACGGUCCGCUGCUCCGGGGCCAGAGGGGGGCGAUAGAAAGACACUUCGCUCUGAGCCGCAGAUCAGGCGGAGGUGAUUGCGGACCGCUGACCAGUGUGCGGGAUCAAGUCUUCAGGGUCGCUUUCAGGAGUCAAAGAGAUCAGCAACGUGUCCUGCAGAGACCUGAGCACGUGGUGACGUUUGCAGAUGUGACUCUGGUGCUCGUUGUUCGAGGAAGCCUGGAGUCUGACGCCGCUGCUCCCAUCGCAGCCUCCAGUCCGGGUCCCGAUUCAACAUCUCCGGUCCAAAAGAGUCUACAGUCUAUUCCUGCCUCCAUUCCGCCACCAAGUGGUGAAGAAUGUGAACUACGACCUGAUACCUACCGCCUUCGUCAUCCACAGGCAGGGAAAGAACCAGAGAGGAAACCUGCCUCUCGGGACUGCACUGCUCAGCGGUUCAAAACCCGCAUCUGUCGACUGGGUCAGGCCAAACUCCGCCUCCUCUGGAGAGAGAUUGAGGAGAGUUUGGGACAACGCUUUCCAGGACUUAAGGUCACACGGAGAGAUGCAGGUCAGGUAGCUUUAGAAGGUUCUUUGAAGGAUGUUGUUAAGGCUGUAGAUUGGAUCUCUGAUAAAGAGAACCUGGUGUUAGAAAGGAGAGUUUCUAACAUGAGCCCACAUCUUUUGGCCUUCGUAAGGAAGGCUUAUGGAGAUCCAGGGGCGCUGCGGGACUUUCUAGGGGUCGGUGACGAGGUGGAAAUAGAGUUAGGAGACAUAGAGCUUCGUUUCCUCUCCCUCUCACCUGAUAAACUGGACGACCCAGCAAAUAAAAUGCAAGAAAAGUUCAAGGAAAUCAAGAUUGACCUUCCUAAUAGCUCUGCUGUUCCAUCUGAACUUCGGGAAAAGCUCAAGUCCAAAACCGCUGAGAUGAACCAAGGGCAGCUAAGGGCUCAGUUCCUGUUUGGCUCUGACAGCACAGUGUACUUACUGGGCCACACCCGAGAGUUUGAAGAGCUGAAUGAAACUGUCAAACAGUGUUUUUUGCAAAACGCAAUAAAUCUCCCUUUCCCAGAGUUAGCACACGAGUUACAGGUCUUUCUGCAGCUGCAUGGUUUUGACCUUUCAGAGGUUACCUUCCAUCUUCUAACGCUUUCCUCUGGGUGCAUGUUGGUGCUGGAAGGUCCAAACAGCAAAGUGACUCAGGUCAGGAACCUGUUGGGUACAUUUCUCGACUCCCUUGUUCAGGACACCACUGACCUGAUGGCAUCUUUGAAUUUGAGUGAAGGAAACCAAACAGUUGCCAGCUCUAGCCUUUGUGACGGCCUCCAGGUGCUGGUGUGUCAGGGGGACCUCAGCAAACAGGACACUGAUGCCCUGGUUGAUGCUGCCCGUGAAGAUCUGGAGAACUCUUGUGAUGUUGCUGCUGCGAUGGGUAAAACAGGUGGUCCUGAGGGACAAAGAGAGCGAGACAUCUUAGUGAAGCAGGCUUGGAAAGUUCCUUCAGGAGACGUGGAGGCGACUACAGGGUGGAACCUACACUUUGCAGGUGGCAGAGAAAGGUCCUUGCUGGAAAACACUGUCCAGUUCACUCUGAAUAUGGCAGAGAGGAUGGAGCUCAGGUCUGUAGCCCUGCCCUGUAUCAGCUCGGGUCUGUUUGGUGUUCCUGUGAACGUGUGCUCUGAGGCUAUCGUGACGGCUGUGAAAGAGUUUUGCACUCAGGGAGGACGAAGUCUGAGCACAGUCAUCCUGAUCGAUAACAGAGCAGAGGUGGUGAGGGCCUUGCAGGAAGCAUGUGACAGGCUCUUCCAAGGGAUAAGUACCGGAAACAGUCCACCUCGUGAUCUGAGGUUCCAGACGGACGCUGCAGGAGGAGACACGACAAGAGGAGCCACUGCUGGAGCUCCUGGAGACAAUGUCCAUGUUGAGAUUGUUCAGGGAACCAUUGAGACCCAGCAGGUGGAUGCCCUGGUGUCUCCCAUGGUUGGACACGAUCCUCUCUCUACACUUGUUGGUUACACUUUGUCCAACACAAUCGGAUCCCAGUCUGAUUUGAUUCCUCGGUUUAUAAAUGAAUCAGGAGAAGAAUCAAUGCCUGGUGAUGAGGUUCUGGUGGAGGAUGUCACUGGACUUCCAUCUAAAGCAGUCUUCUUCCUCAACCUCGUUCCCUGGGAUGAUGACGAAGAUGGAACUGCAGUCCAGGUUCUGAGACUGGGCAUUAACAACGUCCUAACUUCCUGCGAGAAGAGGGGGUUUGGAUCUGUGGCUCUCCCUGUGCUCGGGGCUGGUUCUGCCUUGCGUUUUCCUCACAGCGUGAUUGCCAGGGUUCUACUGGAGGAGGUCCAUUCAUUUAAACAGAACCGAGCAAGUAGAACGCCGCUCCUGGUCCGAAUCACCAUCUACCCCACUGACACGGAGGCUACUGAGGUCUUCAAAGGAUUCAUCAAGGAUCUUCAUCAACCAGACGAAGCGACGGGUACGAUGAGGAUCGUCUUGCUGGGAAAAACUGGAUCUGGGAAAAGCGCCCUUGCUAACAGCCUGUUUGGGGCGGAGGAAUUGUUCAGAACAAGCUCUUCCUCCAGCUCUGGAACAAGUAAAUGUCAAGCGGAAACCAGACCUGUAAACGGAAGAAGCAUCACUCUGAUCGACACUCCAGGUUUGUUUGAUACAGACCGGUCUGAGGUGGACAUGAGAACUGAGAUAACCAGGUGUUUGGUCGAGUUGGCCCCGGGGCCUCAUGCUUUUCUCAUUGUGCUUAAAGUGGAACGAUUCACUGAGCAGGAACAGGCCACCAUCAUUAAAAUACUUCAAUAUUUCUCUGAAGAUGCUCUGAAAUAUGCCGUAAUCGUCUUCACUCACGGCAAGCAGCUUGUGGAAGGGCAGAGAAUUCAGGAGUUUGUCAGUCAGAACCGGGAUCUGAGUGAACUGGUGGCGAUGUGUGGUGGCCGGUGCCACGUCUUCGAUAACAGAUACUGGAACAACAAACAGAAGAAUGACUACAGGAGCAACCAGUUCCAGGCAGAAGAGCUUCUGAACACAAUAGACAAGAUGGUGAUGGCAAAUAAUGGGGGCUACUACACCAAUAACACACUGCUAUACGUGAGUGAGGAAAUAAAGAUGGAGGAGCAGCGUAUACAACUGUCGUCAGUAAACAUAUCAAAGGACGUCGUCCGACAGAGGGCUAAAACCAAUGUGCAUGGAAGGCUUUUGAUCCGACUCACAGGACUCCUAGCAGGAGCGAUAUUAGGAGCUAUAUUUGGUGCAGCAGUCAUGGUUGGAGUAGAUAUCACAUCUGUGAAGGACUGUUCAGAACUACAUAAACUGAAGAUUCCAACACUUGCUAAGGGAGUCCUAUCAGCAGUAGGAGGUAGAGUGCUGGGGCUGGGUACUGCAGCCGUGAUGACAGCAGGAGGAGUAGCAGGAGGUGCUGUUGGAUACGAGGCAGUGAAGGGAGCUAAUACACCACAGGAGGCAGCUGUGAUGGCACUUAACGCCGUCAUUGACAAAAGCAAAGUUUUAAAAUUGAAAUAACUGAUUUCUCGGCCACUAGGUGGCAGUGAGUGGAAAAACCUGGACGCGUAUUCAAAUCACAUAUGUUUAUUCCAUAUUCACUAGUUUAGUUUUGGUUUUCCACCGUUUACGUUGGAGAAAAAUCUCUUUAGCUGCUAAAUGUUAAAGAGCCUAACUCUAACCCCACUUUCUUUUCUUUGUUCUUUAAGAAGAAGUAAUUGAUCUAUCAGCUCCGACUCGAUCCACUCAGUAACACUCGCCAUCGCUCUGAUGUCAACAGACGCCAGAGAAGUUGUAAAUAAACGAACCAGAAACCCCGAUGGCUACUGAGCAGAUACAGAUAUCUUCCGUCUCUUCUGACUACACCUUGAAUACAAUUUUAAACUAAUAAUUUAGUAGCACUUACAUGUCACUUACUUAUAGCACUUUGUAGUUUAGCUUUUUUGAAGAAAUGGUACUUUCUUGAUUCUAGUUGUUCUGGGUUUGUUCCUCGUGGUUGAUGCUCUGAUUACACUGAUUAGUCACUUUGGAUAAAAGCGUCAGCUAAAUGAAAUGUAAUAUAAUACAGAGGCAAUAAAUAUAUUCUAUCUACCCUUGAAUUAUCUGUCAUGUAAUGCAAUCGUUUUAAUAUGUAUUUUCACUUCAAGUUGUUUUGAUGAUUAACUGAACUUUUCUGCUCUUCCUUCUUUAUAUUAGAUUGAUUGCUAAAAAAUCACUUUUCCAAAAUUUGAAGGACCAGAUUCAAGUGUUUAUCCGUCUAUUUGUCUAAGGGCUUUGGUGUUUGCAUGUUUAAAGUGCACCUACAAGCUCUGGUUAACAGGGGGCUCCCUACAGCAGGAAAAAGCUUUGUUAAAUCAGAUGUCAGUCCCCAGACUAUCGGGUGUGUAUCUGUGAACCUGAACGCUGAGCUGAUGCAUGCACUUGUAAGAACUAAUAAAGAAACAACUGAUGACAAUCAA